AUGGGGUUGCUAUUCCAAGUUAUUCUAAGUUUACAUUUGUUGCUCUUCCACUUCCUAUCUUCUCAUUCUUCCCAACCCUUGUGUCCUUCAGACCAGAGCCAUGCCUUACUUCGGUUGAAGACCUCUUUCACUAGCAAUACUGAACAUGUUUCCGGUGCAUGCAAUCAAACUCACGCAAAGACAAAAACGUGGGAAAAUGACACAAAUUGUUGCUCGUGGCUUGGAGUCACGUGUGACCCCAUCUCUGGUCACGUGAUUGGUCUCAACCUUAGCUGCAGUGGACUCCAAGGAAAACUUCAUCCAAAUAACACUCUUUUUCGUCUCACUCGUCUCCAGUCACUUGACCUUGCUUUCAAUGACUUCUCCAAGUCUCACUUGUUAUCUCUCUUUGGUGACUUUGUGAACCUCAUGCAUCUCAACUUGUCUAGCUCUAACUUUGAAGGUGAAAUUCCUUUCCAAAUCUCGCAACUUCAAAAUCUCAUUCACUUGAAUCUUUCAUUCAACAAAUUUAGUGGCUCAAUUCCAAAUGUCUUUGGUGGGCUAACCAAGUUGAAAACCCUUGAUCUUACUGCAAACAACUUGGAAGGGCAAAUUCCAUCUUCAUUGUUCAACUCAACUCAACUUUCUGGCUUGAAUUGUUCUUAUAAUAAAUUAGAGGGUCCUCUGCCUAACAAAAUAACAGGACUUUCAAAGUUAAUUGCCUUGAGGUUAAAUAACAACUUACUGAAUGGGACAAUUCCAGCAUGGUGUUUUUCUUUGCCAUCUUUGAUAGGUAUAGAUCUAUCAAAUAAUCAGUUCACAGGGCACAUAAAUGCAAUCUCAGCAUAUUCUUUAGAGUUUCUAUUGUUGUGCAACAACAAACUACAGGGUAAUAUUCCAAAAUCAAUCUUCAACCUUGUAAACUUAACUGGUUUAUGUCUAUCAUCAAAUGGUUGGAAUGGCACUGUCCACUUUCCAUUAUUUUCCAAAUUUCAAAAAUUGGAAGUGCUCUCCCUCAAUCACAUUAGUCAAUUAUUCAUAGACUUUGAAUCUGAUGUUAAUUAUAGUUUCCCUCGUUUGAAAAUAUUAGAGUUAUCUUCUAACAAUUUAACUGAGUUUCCCAAAUUGUUAGGAAAAUUCUCGAGUUUGAGUUGUCUUGAAAUGUCUGAUAACAAAUUUAUUGGGAAAAUCCCAAAUUGGUUGUAUGAAAUGGAUUCUUUACAAAUUUUGAACCUCUCUCGAAACCUGUUGACAACAUCAAUGGACCAAUUCUCAUGGAAUUACAGGCUCCAUGUGCUUGAUCUUAGUUUCAACUUACUAGCUGGUGACAUAUCUUCAUCGAUUUGCAAUCUAAGUUCUCUUCAGAUUCUCAACUUGUCACAUAACAGGCUGAAGGGAACCAUUCCACCAUGCCUUGUAAACUUGUCAUCCCUUCAAGUUUUGGAUCUACACAUGAACAAACUUCAAGGAUCUUUGCCCCCUUUUUUUCCAAAGAACAAGCUUAGUGAUGUGAAUCUCGGUGGAAACCAACUAAAAGGUCCUUUGCCUACAUCUUUGUCCAAAUGUACACAAUUGCAGGUUUUAAAUCUUGGCAACAAUCAAAUAGAAGAUACAUUUCCCCAUUGGCUUCAGAAGCUACCAAAAUUAAGAGUGCUAGUUUUAAGAGCCAAUAAGUUCUGA